AUGAGUGAAGAUAUAAUAGAGAAAAAUCAAGAACAAAAUGACUUCAACACCAAGUCUAAUGAUUAUGAAGAGCAAAAACCUAUAGAAAAUCAAGUAGCUGAAGGUGGUAGAGGGUGGUUGGUUAUUAUUGGUACUGGUAUAGGAGCUAUGAUGGGGUAUGGUAUGAUCAAUUCAUUUGGUACUUAUCAAACUUAUUACAAGAAUGAACUAUACCCUGAAACUUCAUCACAAAGUUUAUCACUAAUCGGUGCUGCUCAAUCGACAUUUAUUUAUAUUUUGAACCCAAUAAUCAUGCCUUUAAUGUAUGUUGUUGGGCUAAGGACAUUGUUAACUUGUGGUUGUGCUUUGAUGAUUGUCAGUUUCUUUGGUCUUUCCACUGCAACUUCAGAUUCAAGAUGGAAAAUAUAUGUAUUUCAAGCUGUGAUAUAUUCUUUAGGUCAUUCUUUGGUUUUUGGAUCAAUUAUACAAAGUCCAAUGGAAUGGUUCAACAAGAGAAGAGCUACUGCUUAUUCAAUCUCAUUUGUGUUUAGUUGUACUGGUGGUGUUAUAUUUCCAUUGAUUUUUAAAAAUAUGAUUAAUAAACAUGGGUUCAAAUGGACAAAUAUGACUAUUGGGUUCCUUUAUAUUCCAUUAAGUAUAGCUGUUAUAUUUCUCAUUCCACAAAGACUUAAGCCUGAACAUAUCCAUAAACCAGAAACAAUUUCAAAUGCACAAUUUGAUAUACAUAAAUUUAAAGAAUUACCUUCAAGAAUCAUGUCAAAUAUUCGCAGUUGGAAACCAGUACUUCGAGACUGGAGAUUUUUGAUGUUUUUAUUAUCAAACAUCAUUGGUGGAUUUGGUAUUUUCCCUGCUAUUUUCUUUAUGGAUUAUUAUGGUGAAUUAAUUGCACCAGGUGCUAAAAUUGUUUCAUAUUUAGUUAUGAUGUAUAAUGCAGUGGGAGCACCAGGAAGAGUUAUACCAGGUAUGUUAGCAGAUAAAAUCGGUAGGGCAAAUGUUUUAUUUAUAUGGUUAUUCGUUUGUGGUCUUUCAAUUUUUGUAUUUUGGAUGACAUCAAUUCCAGGUGAAGAUAUGAAUUUAUAUUUGGCAUAUACUAUAUUCUUUGGGUUUUUCGUUGGUCCUUAUUUUUCAUUAGCACCAGCUUGUUUAGGUCAAGUAUUCAGUCACAUUGAAGAUGCAGAUGCUAAAUUGGGACUUUAUUUGUUAUCAUUAUCUCCUGGUCCAUUAGUUGGUUGUGUUAUUGCAGGUUCUUUCGUCCCAACUGAGUCUGGUGAUAAAGAAUUAUUAUUGGAUUCAUUUUAUAAAUUAACUGCUUUUACUGGAUCAAUGAUUAUUGCUGGUUCACUGGUUGUAUUACUGGUGAGAUUAUCAUUUACUAGAAAGAUUUUCACGUAUAUUUAA